GUGUCUCUUAGGGAUGUUUAUAAUCAUCCCUACCUAGAGCUUUUCUACCUCUCUUCACUGGUUCUCGCGUGUUCCAUUUCCUGCAGCCUUUUGAAAUAGUUUUGGCCGUAUCUCAUCCUAUAGGUGAACCGGCAGAGUCGGCCAACUUAGCCAACCUCAGCCAAUCAUGGCUGUAUCAAACCCGGUCGCCUUUAAGCCACUCGUUGUAACAUUUUGGACCACAAUCGCUUACAUCGCCCUGCUCGUUCCGCUACUCAUCGUGCACGAAACCGUCCCGCCUCCUCCAAGCAAUCCAACCCUCUACUCCGGUCUCAAUCUCACAAAAUCUUGGCUUGACUUAACUGUGAUAUCCCGCGACUACCACCCAUUCAACAGCCGGAAGAACGAUGAGGUCCACGAUUGGCUGUUACUGGAAUUAAAUAAUAUUAAAAAGCGCAAUAGGGCGAACGAUUCGAGCUUGGUCGUAUUCGCGGACAAUACUUCAAAUAUAACUACCGCCAACAUCGUAUUUGGGACGUCAAGUUCCACUGGCACCUACUUCGAAGGCACAAAUGUUAUAGUAUACAUUCGAGGGAAGGAUGAUCCACAGGGUCCUUGGUGGGAGGAUGGCGCCGUAACGUCGGACAAAGUCAUAGGGAAGGGAGGCGUUUUGAUGAACGCCCACUACGACUCCGUUUCUACUGGAUACGGUGCUACAGAUGACGGGAUGGGCUGCGUCACUUUGAUAGCACUAGUCGACUACUUCUCCCGACCAGAAAACCGACCUCAAAGAGGUAUCGUUGCCCUGUUCAACAACAACGAGGAAGAUGGUCUAUGGGGUGCUCAAGCCUUCAUCAACAGCCCUCUUCUACCUUUCUGCCACACCUUCUUAAAUCUCGAAGGCGCUGGAGCUGGCGGCCGGGCUAUUCUAUUCCGUACAACUGACGCCGAAGUAGCCAAUGCCUACAGGGGCACUGAGAACCCAUUCGGGACUGUAAUCUCAUCUGAUGCAUUUAGCCUUGGUGCUAUAAAAAGUAAUACCGACUAUAUAGUCUUCGAUGGAAUUUUUGGCUUGAGAGGUUUAGAUAUGGCUUUCUACCGACCGCGUGCCAGGUAUCACACUAAUCAAGACGACGCCAAGCACGCAACUAGAGCCAGUCUCUGGCAUAUGCUCAGCACCUCUCUUCACACGAUGCAAAGACUCUCUGGAGAUACUGGUGAAACAUUCAUUGGCGACCGUCCUGACGGAGAUCGAAAGAAAGCGUGGAAUGGCAGAGGAAACGAUGGCGUCUGGUUUGAUAUAUUCGGGCAGACGUUUGCUCUUUUUGCACUGCGGACUUUCUUUGCGUGGUCUCUUACUUUACUAAUAGCCUCGCCCCUGAUCCUUCUUGGCCUGACGUAUAUCCUAGUCCGCAACGACAAAUACUACUUUUUCUCGUCAAGUCGAUCUGCUUACGAAGGAUCAGAUCUUGACCCGGUUAUGCUAGGUGGUCGAAAAGGUCUAUUCAGGUUUCCUUUCGCCUUAGUCGUCUCGGGGGCCUUGGUUGUCGGUUCUGCAUUCCUCAUAACAAAGAUCAAUCCGAUGAUCAUAUACAGCAGCGAAUAUACUGUUUGGGCUAUGAUGAUGUCGCUUUUCUAUUUUUCCUUUUGGACCAUCAUGGCAGGUGCAAAUUUCGCUCGCCCCAGUGCCCUUCACCGAGGAUACUCCAUUUUCUGGUUAUUUCUCAUUGCAUGGGCUCUUUCAGUCGCGAAUACUGUUUUUGAAGAUCGCUUUAGAAUUGCGGCUGGAUAUAUAUUCGUCUUUUUCCAUUCUGCCGUUUUCCUGGCCUCUUUCGUUGGGCUUUGCGAAUUGUUUGCUCUUCCUACGAAGGCGUCGUUUGCGCAGCGAGUACACGACGAACACGAGAUCAGAGAUCAUCUUACUAAUGUCCCGCAUGCCGAUGCGUCAAUCUCUCCGAGCCGAGAUGAGCUCGCUGCUAAUGGUAACGAGAAUGAGGAAGAUGAGGCCCAAUCCCCAACAACGGAAACAACACCUCUUCUCGGUGGUAGUCCUGCAGACACUCGUCGAACGACAUUUGCCACUACAUACCGUCGUUCGAUAUCGGCAAUCAUAAAUAAAGCGAAAUCAAUCGAUAGCGACGAACACCGCCCGUAUGACCAUGAGCAGCUGUGGUCGGCAAGUCUUCCAAGUUGGCUUUGGUCUCUUCAAUUCCUCAUUUUGGGACCGUUCUUGAUCGUUCUUAUUGGCGAGCACGGCCUAACAUUGGUGGCCUCCGUUUCCCAGACAGGUGCUGAUGGAUCGAGCCUCCUAGUCCCAUACCUUAUGAUAGCAUUUUUCAGCAUAUUUCUACUGUUGCCUAUUACGCCAUUUGCGCAUCGGGUCACUCACCAUGUACCGAUGGUACUCCUCGCGGUGUUCGUUGCUACAUUGGUCUACAACUUGGCAGCGCCCCCAUUUUCCGAAAGUAACAGAUACAAAAUAUAUUUCCAGCAAACUGUGGAUUUGGAUACUGGUGCGACGAAAGUACAUUAUGCCGGCCUUAAAGAGUAUGUCCAACAGACGAUUGCUGAACUACCAUCAGCCGCCGGUAAAGAAGUCGAGUGUACUUCUCGAGGGAGUCUGCGUAGUGGCCUAACUACAUGUUCUUACGACGGUUCAGAAGUCCCUCCUAACGUAGUCAAGACACUUCCUGAUGGAAUCCCACCACAGAAGGGUUUUAGUGACUGGUUGCAUUUCAAUGUCACGCGCGCAAAGGGCGGGACCAAAGCCAGAUUUGAGAUUGAUGCGAAAGAUAGUAGGUCAUGCGCGAUUGCGUUUGACAAGCCCAUCUCCUCAUUUACAGUCAAUGGCAAUGAACCCCACGAGCGUUUUGGUGCCAUACCGGAAGCAGGACUGACUAAAAUCAAGCUCUAUCGACGGGAUUGGACCACGCCGUGGAAAGUUGACGUUCAAUGGGAGGCCGAUUCACCUGAAAAUGCUGGGAUUGAUGGCAGUGUCCUCUGCAGCUGGGACGAUGUGAACACCCCUGGUACGAUUCCUGCCUAUGAUGAGGGACUCAAGUAUUCCCCUACCUGGGUAGCUCUCACCAAGUUGACGUCAGGUUUAUGUGAAGGGAGGAAAGCGUUCAAGGCGUGAAAGCGGGUAGAUGUAUUAUUGCACGGCACUGAUGAUUCUGAGCGAGGAUGACGCAUCUCCUCGCCAAUAACAUAGGGACGAUCGAUUUGACAACUUACACCGGUUUCUUUUGCAUAGUGCUCGUUAGCAACGUCGAGUAUCUUAAUGUUACGGGCCACGAAAUGAACGAGGUGCA